AUGUCAUUGAAACAAGAGGAGGAAGCUGAAGUUUUCAUAGUGCAAAAUGUAAGUUAUUUUGAGCAUUUUUAAUUAAAUCAUUUUCUCAUGGGCGAUUUGGUUUUUGGUUUUAGUCAAGAACAUGACAAAAUGAUUUUGUCAUAGCAUAAAUUAUUUUUAGAAUAUAUUAGAAAUGAAACGUUCAUGAUUGAAAGCAUUUUUCGGAUUAUUAUUUUCCAGGAGACCUCCAGACUCAAAUCGGUAUUGAAAAACAUUGCAAGUCUUGUGACGAACAAGGAACAGAAAGAAAAAUCAGACCAUAAUAUUGACAAAAAGUUAUUGCGGCCACCACCUAUUUUCAUGACACUUAUAACUAGUUUUCAGGUAUAACUUUGAUAUUUAUUAGGCAACUAAACUUUUUAUUGGAAUCACUCAAAAAAAUUGAUGAAAGUCUUGAAAAAUGGAAAUAUGAAUCUGAAAAUUAUAAUGAGACCGAAAAAAGUUCAAUUCAAGUCUGUUUUUAUGGCAGAAGAUACCUGUAUAUGUUCGAAAAAUGAAACUACACACAAUUUUCAAAAGCUAAUAUAGGUAUUCAUAUUUCUUGAGAUAGUGAGGUUUUCGUUCAUUUUCAUAUUUUUUCAAUUAAAAAUUUCAACAACAGAUAAACGAAAUUCACAUAUACAACAUUUUUGGACAGCUCAAGUGUGAUAAAAAAUGUAUAGUAGAUUCGUAAAUGUUUUGCCAGUUUUUUGAGUGAUUUCAGCAAAUUUCUCUUCAAUCAAAAAAAAAUUUCAGAUUUCAAUAUUUAUUUUCUAUCUCAUUCGAUAUGAAUAUAAAUUAACCGAAGACAAAGAUGAGUUAAAAACUUUCACAGGUGGAUGUGUCACCAGUUUUCUAACAUAUCAUCCAAAAUUUCGAUUUCAAUUAUGGCGACAUAUCACAGCAUCUUUUCUUCAUUCUGGAAAUUAUCAUUUAUUCAAAAAUAUGAUGGCACAGGUUUUAAUAGGAAUUCCACAAGAAAUUGCAUAUCGUAUUCAUAAAAUAGCUCCUUUAUAUUUUGGCGGUGUUGGUUUUUCAAUCAUUAUGAUGAAUGCAAUUCAACCGAAUUCUCUUUUUGGAUGUGGUGCAUCAGGCGGGGAUUAUGCUCUUAUUUUUGCUCAAAUUUCAAAUUUAAUGCUAGUCAGUAAUUAUUUUUUUUCCAUUUCCGAACUUUUAAAAAAGUUUCAAACCUUCUUUAGAAUUGGCGGGAAAUUCCAAGACGAAAAACUCAAGCAGCUCUCAUUUUUCUUCACAUAUUUUCCGAUUUUGGUGAAGACAUCUAUUUAUUUUUGAAAUAUGGAAAAACGAAAUAUGCACAUGGUGUUCAUUUUAAUUCUGCCAUUUUCGGACUUAUUUAUGGAUUUUUCAUUCUUCAUUAUAAAGAGGUAAAAAUAUAGAAAAUUUAAGAAAAAAAAACACAUUUUUCAUAGACGACCAGAUUGAAACGAUAUGUGCGGACAAUUAUUCUUGCCAGUUAUUUUUUGUUUGUCAUAAUUGCAAUUGUCAAAUAUUUCACCCCAAAAGAAUAUUUUCAUCUGUAA